ACGCCAAACUUUGAAACGACGCCGUUUAAGGCUUUGUCUAUAUUUCUCUCUUUCUUGUGAAAUCAAAGCAGCGAUCAUAAGUCAGAAGAGAAGAAGCAAAAACAAAAGCUCCUUUCUUUUUGCGCCAUGGCUACUUUCGAUGACGGAGACUUCCCGGCUCAGACCCAUUCACCGUCUGAACACGACGAUUCAUUCAUGAGCUACGAAAAUUUCUCCUCUGAAGCCCAGCAACCUCCGUCUGGUGGCUUCUCCUCCUUCAACGGAGAUGGAUCUGAAAAUCCCGCCUCUCCCAACGGCUACGGAUUCGCUGCCGAUUCCUCCCCAAACGGAAACGGCGACGGGAUCUUCGCCUCCGAUGGGCCCACCCUUCCAGAUCCAACCGAGAUGCAGGAAGAGGGUUUCCAACGCCGUGAGUGGCGCCGUCAAAACCAACUUCACCUCGAGGAGAAGGAAAAGAAAGAGAAGGAGAUGCGGAAUCAGAUCAUAGCUGAAGCUGAAGAAUACAAGAAGGCUUUCUAUGAGAAGAGAGAGAAGACCAUCGAGACCAACAAAGCUGAUAACCGCGAACGAGAGAAGUUAUAUUGGGUGAACCAAGAGAAAUUCCACAAAGAAGUUGACAAGCAUUACUGGAAAGCAAUCGCAGAGCUGAUCCCGCGUGAGGUUCCCAACAUUGAGAAGAAGAGAGGGAAAAAGGAUCCCGACAAGAAACCUUCAGUAAAUGUUAUCCAGGGUCCUAAACCUGGGAAGCCUACUGAUCUUGGGAGAAUGAGGCAAAUAUUCUUGAAGCUCAAGACUAAUCCACCACCCCACAUGAUGCCUCCUCCUCCCCCUGCUAAAGAUGCCAAGGACGGCAAAGAUGCCAAAGAUGCUAAAGGUGGCAAAGACGCCAAGGACACCAAAGAUGGAAAACCUGCGGCAGGGGAAAAACCUGCGGUAGAGACAAAGGCGGCAGAGGAGAAACCUGCAUCACCUGCCAAAGACGCAACUGCUGAAACAGCGAAACCUGAGGAGGCUGCUGCUACUGCUGCCUCGGGAGAAGCGGAAAAGCCUGUGGCUGAGGCUGAGGGAGCCAAGGCAUAGUGAAAGAGAAGGGUGUGUUAGCAUUACUGUUGAGGGAGGGGGAGAUAAAUUGGUAUUGGAGUUACAGUAGCUGCGGGCAAAAAUAAGAUGAGGGGAUUUCUAUGCACACCAUUUCUUCGGAGAGAGAAUCUUAGUCCUUUGUUUUGGUUUUUCUAUUUUUAUUCAUUAUUUCUUUGUUUUGAAAAUUUGGUGAUGAGGAUAUUGUCUGGGAUGAUGUUCACGUUAUUCAUUUUGCUUCCACGUAUUACAGUUAUAUAAAGACUUUUGAGAAU